GUGUGGUUACCAGGUUGGUCGCUGUGUGCUGAGAAACUUGAGUCGGGCUCCGAGUAGAGGUCUGAAUGGCUAUUUAGGGAAAGCCAGAUCCUCCGAAUUGGCGACCUUGAGACCGAAUAAUUCGAUGAUGGGCGGCGCUGCUUCGAUGUUGAGAUGAAAUACUUGGAUACAGAUGGUGUUUGGCAGUCAGGUCAUAUUAGAUACUAACUAAGUCUAAGCCUAAGACUACAUCUUGAACUUCAUCACUACAUCCGCGUCCGACCUCACAUCCACAUCUUGCUUCUAAGAAUCCCAGUCGACACAUCAUCCUCGGUGGUUCGGACGUCGUCUUUCGCGACCUCGUCUUGCACCGAAGAAGAAGACGAGGAUUUGUCGUCGGCGACUUCGGAGGAGGAUGCGGCAAAAAAAGUGGAACGCAAGGCUUCGGAAAAGCAGACAACGGAAGUUCUAGACACAGCGCUGUUUCAGUCUAGUUUGGACCUCGUUUUGUCGCGACAGCCUCGCCAAAGCGCGACUGGGUAUGCUGAUGGUGAACAAGGUGGGCAAGGAGAAAAGAUGAACGGGAAGAUGACAUUUUUAAUGUCGCAUCUUCCGAUUUCCGUUCUCUUGACUCGAGAAGAACGACAGCGGCUUCUAGGCGAAUCGAAGUCAGAGCAAAAGAGCAACGUAAGGUGCUCGAGUGCAGCAACUUCCGCUUUGACUUCCACCACUAGCGUUCCACCAGCCACUUCUACACGUCAACUCUUACAACCAGGAGGAGGUGGAUCGGUACAGGUGACGAAUUCUCGACCAACGACACCUAGCUCUCCCACUGCGGCUGCACGCAUGGCGAGAACUGGAACUGUGGCUGUCGCGGCUGUUGCAAAGAGUGCGGCCCUGUUGCCUUCACAACUGUGGGCAGCUGCUAGAGACCGGCUCAAGGCAGAAGAUGAUGAAAGCCUGGCGCCUCUAUUCGGAACGAACAACAGAAAACCAGGUGCUGCUGCACUUGCCGCGUUGCUGGGGGAAGGAGAAGACGAGUCAGCUUCAGUCGAUGAAUCAGAAGUAGCGCAUCAUAAAAAUGUUGAAAAAUGCGAAUCCGGAGGACGGGGAGGUAGUAAAAAAGUCGAAGAACAACUCCUCCAAGUUGUACAAGUAGAACAAGAUGAAGCCAAGAAUGAAUAUAAUGGUAAAGCAAUAGCGAAGAAGAACGAAGAACGUCAAGAACUAGCAUCAUCUGACGAUGAAGAAAGUGAAGAAGAUCUCCUUGUCACUGGAAAAUGGAGGAGUAGUUCUACUUCAGGACUAGCUGAAAACAAAUUCAUAUGCAUAACGUCAACUUCUUCCUCGGGGGGUGGAAAUUCACAUCUACGCGACACUUUAGUCAAGGCUCUUGCUGAGAAGAUUGAGAAGUCUCCUGACCUCGACCUAGAAGAACGUUUGCAACAAGAAAAGCUUUUUCUACGAUUGUGCCUGAUCGGAAAAACUUGUUGUAGUUCUCGGUCUACUAGCUUUACUUCAUCUUCUCCUUCUCCUCCUUCUGCUGCCAGCGCAGAUCAUCUAGAUCUACCUUCUCCUCCACCUCCUGCGUCGAUUAUACCUCUUUCUUCAGAAGUCGUUAACGUUCUCAUCUGCCAAAUCCUACGUGCCUACGCGAAGCAUGUUGAGGUCAUGUGUCGUGGCGAAAUGGACCUGUUGUCUUCUCAACAUCAAGUAGAUCUAGAUCUUGGAGGUGGCGGUUCAUCGGGUUCUCCUCAACUCCUCAUAUCCGGCGUGCUUCUAGAAGCAGAGAAACAAACCUUUGCGAGACAGCUGCAGCAUGCAGCGCGCGACAUGCUUUUUGCCAAAUUUCAAGAAGAGUUUCAAAGGGAAGAGAAUGAUAGGACGAGAAAAGAAAUAGAAAUAUUAGGAUCUUCCACAAGUAGUAGUUCAACAUCCUGCUCGUGUACUUCAUCUGUCCGUGACCUUUUAGAGGAAACCAAGAAUCCCUUGACGACCUUCGCAUCUGGCAAAUGCCUGCCGCAAGGGCGAAGCGCUCUGGGUGGAACACUGUCACCAGAGCACGUCUUGCCGAAAAUACUUUACCUUGCUUGCCGAUUGAUGGUAAUUCUCACGUAUAUUCAGGACGAUUGUCGUGGCAAGAAGAACGACCACCAUCUUCAAACUGAAGUAAGUGCUUCAUCUUCUCAGGCCGCAAGCGUGCUUCGUAUUGCCACCACCACAAAAGAAGAACUCUCCAGUCUUCUUGCGUCCUUGCUUGACUCGAGUUCACUCUCUGCUCUUGAUACAGUGACCAGUUUGCUUCUGCGCUUUUUGUGCUGCUGUGACAAAUCCUCUACUGCAAGUCGUGACACAACUUCUGGUGUGGCUGGUACUACUUCUUCUUCUACUGAAAAUCAUGUCGUGGACAUGGAGGUAGAGCAAAGUGUUAGUCCUGAUGAUAAUCAUCAAGCAGAUCAACAAGAACAAGGAGAGGAAACGCAAGAACAGCAUGCUACAGAGCUUCUGCACGAGGCAGAUCAUGUUAUGGCUCAGUCCUAGUCAUUGUUACGAACAUCAUCUUCGCAUUCGCAAAUCACUGUAGUUAUAUUUUUUUCGCGACGGAAGUACAAGAAGUGCGUCUACGUGGUUAGCUGUUAAAGCUAAUAAUAACUUGCCGCAUGAACGUGAAGCGAACGACAUUCCCCUGAAGGUCAUGCCACUUCUUCUAAUCUCCAAAUCCUUCGUGCUCUCCUCGCCGUUUUCUUUGUAUGCAAGCGUCUACGCUCCUCCGCAACGACAGUCGUAACAGCAUUACGCCGCUCCUUUUCGAAACUGUGCAUGGCACUUGUUGGGCGCAAAAAAUUUGCUCUGCAAGUAUCAGCUGAACUACUCAGCGCGAAAAGAUUGCAGAAUAGCAUUGUGCGAGAUGUGACGCAAACGUUUACUCAUGAUCUUUUGAACAACGACCCUUUUCCCUUAGGAUCAAAUUCAGGUAACCAAAUACCGGAACCAUUCAUUAGUGCCCACAAGCAUGGUAUCCUGGAAUUAGCACGUAAACGAUUUCAACUUCCGCCACUACAAACGUCCAUGAUGAACAAGUUUUCCACCUUCUCCAACUCCAACCAACAUACGCUUCAGCAAGACGAACAGGAACGCAAUGCCCCUGCCGUAUGGCGUGCCGGGGUUCCGACAGUUUACCUCGCGCCACGUGCGCGUGUCUUGGCACUAGACUAUUUUUUGGAAAGUAGGGUGUUUAUUGAGGACAAGAAUAAGAAAUAGAAAUAGCAGCUGGAGAACAUGAACAAAGUGGUUUUCAGUUUCACUGUGUUAGGUUUGCUUCUAGUAGAAGCAGCUGGUGUGAUCAUGUACCAAUUAUAUGCAGAUAGUGAGGACGACCGUGUGAACAUCAAACAAGCCUAAGAAGUUGUACUAGUAGUACUGCGAGCCUUUUUUUGACUUUUCCUUGUAGCGACGAUGAAUCAGAUGCACAUCUGCUGCCAGUGAUCUUCUUGCUUUCAUCUUUGAGAACUAAAAAUUUUGCGAUCAUCACAUAGUCCACCACUAGCAUGUUCUGGAAUGAAAAGAAACACUACGUUUACCGUCAAACUGACGAAGAUCUUCAAUAUGAGGAGACAUGCCGCUCUACCGCUUUGCCUGGAUCUGGUUCCACUCCAGAAUCCAAUAAACCGGCCUUUUCCUGCAUCACGUAGUUUGAAUCCUUGAACUCUUUCUGAAGAGACAUAUG